AUGACGCUGAUGCGACAGAGACAAGCAUCUGGAGCAAUGACUGGAAACAGCAAACCAUCUGCCGGGCAAGAUGAAAAGAAAAACGACGUCCCCGAGGACUUCGACAUCGACAUGGAAAACCCUGAGACGGAGAAGGCCGCCGUCGCCAUCCAGUCUCAGUUCAGGAAAUUCCAGAAAAAGAAGCAGGAUGUGAAGUCGUAG